AUGGCCUGUUGUGGUAACGAUACUAAAAGUGCACCAACAAAUGGACCCAAAGUGAUUCCAGUUGUCGACACAAAAGCACCAGAGUCACAAUUUCAAUAUGUUUUCAAAUUUGUGGUCGUCGGAGAAGUCGCUGUCGGUAAGUCGUGCCUCCUCUUGCAAUUCCAAGACAAGCGUUUCCAACCAAUCCACGACUUGACCAUCGGCGUCGAAUUUGGCACCAAGACUGUCCCCAUCCAGGGACAGUCCGUCAAAUUGCAAAUCUGGGACACAGCAGGAUCGGAAAAGUUCAGAUCGAUAACUAGAAGUUACUAUAGAGGAGCAGCUGGUGCAUUGUUGGUAUACGACAUCAGUCGAAAAGAGUCGUUUGAGAAAGUCCCGGUAUGGCUUGAGGAGUGCCGUAAAUACUCGAACCCGAAUACAACUAUCAUGUUGGUUGGGAACAAGUGCGACUUGCCAGAGAGACAAGUUUCAAAAGAGGAGGGCGAGGCGUUUGCAAAAGAGAACGGGCUCCUCUUCUUGGAAGCUUCCGCAAGAGACGCAACUAAUGUCGACAAUUGUUUCUUGCAAACAGCGGAAGUCAUUUUCGAGAACGUCAAGAGCGGAAAGGUCACCUUGGAAAAUACAGACACAAGGUAA